GUCUUGAUCGAACGGCCAGUCUCAUCGACACAUGAAAAUAUAUCGAUUAUUAUUCCUACGAUAGUUGCUUAAGAGCAAUGUAUGGUUUGCCAAAAGCGUCCAGUAGGAGUUAUGGUUACGCCACAUAUGAACACCUUAUUUGGUGCGCGAUUCAUUACUAUUUGAGAAACGAUUGAAUGUUUUUCAAAUCAUUGAGUGCCGGCUUUGUCAGCUCAGAUAAUCUAGUUUCCUAUGAUUUUCAUCAUAUUGAAAAGCACAGUACUCCAGUUAGAGAUGUUGUUUCAGACAUGUGUUCAUAUAGAGAACACAUACUGGAUAUCCAUCCCAUAUGGUUAAAGCGAACAUCGAAAAUUCUCUUCUUGGCAUAAAUACAAGGAAAUACAUUGUCUCAGGUGUCCAUAUAGUUGACAAAACGGUCCGGGUUCAAUGAUCCACUCAUGCAGCUGGUCAAAGCCCUGACACAAGCUAGCAAGUGGUCCUAAGAACCUACAGCCGUAGUCUUUUAGCGUGACUAAUACUAAUCACGCGUGUUUAAAAGAACAUAGGAAAUUAUAUUUAUGGGGUCGAUGUUAUUUAUCUCUGUACGUUCCGAUGUGUUUUGCGGUGUUUCGGUUGUUAUGGUUUAAUGACGACCCCAGUUUCUAUGAACUGCCAUUGUAAUUUUCUUUGAAUUCUGCAAGAGUUCAUUGAUUAGCCGAUAAAUGUUAAAAUAAAAAAAAGCCGAUAAAAAGUCUUUGACGAUAACAAAAAGCUUUUAGAUAAUAUGCUUUACGUGUCGUAUUAUGCUGGCUUAGUUAUUGCUUACUCUUGUAUUCUGCCAUCUUUAUUGAAUCUUGAUCUUUAUUGUCGGGCAUUAAUUCCAUCUAAAGUCAGAUUUUUGCUAUUGCAAGGAGUUAAAUUAUGUCAGUUUAUUUAAUGAUAUUAGUUACUAAAAGCCUGAUUUGUAAUAUAUUUCUCGUUUCGAUGAGUCAGACCAGUCUGGGAGAAGGGUAUAGAGAAGAGAAAAUCAUGUAUUUUAAGAAGUAGCACUAUUUAUCAACAAGAUACGCGUUUUGUGGCCAGAAGCAAACUGAGAUUUGUCUCAGAAAGUAGAGGUUCGAAUUAACCUGCAUCUAUAUAUUAUCAAUUUAUGUAAAAUACACCAGAGUAUAAGCUAAACGAAGUCAGCGUUACUGAGACCAAUUCCAUAUUUAAUGCUAUCCGUCUUUCAAUCAAUGAUAAUAGUUUUUCUAGACUUGAUUUUUGACAAACACUUUUGGCGUCAGGGAUGUCCACCCAUGUAAAUCAUGUCAAAGGUAGAUCAUGCCCUGACGCCUUCCGUCAGUGCAUCCGUAUGUUGCGUCUUAUAGCGUCAUCAUGGCGUUUGCCCGUAUAUUCUCUUGUGUUUGUCUACGCCGCAUUUAACUCACUCAAUUACUUUGUAUCGGCCUACUACUGUCAUGGCUGGCGUUCUGCUAUGCCGUCACAAUAGUGCAACUUCUCUUACGAGCAAUCUUUCCUAUCCUUACCCCCGAACAAGCCAACAAAUAGCGGGGCUAAUUUGACGUCUGGCCAGCGUUUAUUGCUCUCAUCUGUGGUGAUACGGAACAGACAGAGUUACGGAUCUGCUCCGUAGUACUUAGUCGAAUUUUUUCAGCAUCAGGCAAAUAAGCGGCGAACGUAUGUAACAACGAAUUAAAAAAGCAAGCGAGUAACGGCCAUUUCGCUGCAACAAUCCGACUCCAUACCAUUGUACAUCGACAACUUCCCCACUUCUGCUACUGUUGCUUCUGCAAAAGUUACAGCAGCGUUAAUAGCAGUUGCUGAACCGUAGAAGUUCGCCCUUGCCGCGGCACUUCUUGAAGCGCUGUUUCGCUCCGUUACAGCUGCUGUUACUCGGUGACGCUUUACGUCUUUCUUGUUGGUUGGCGAGCAGCCAUUGACUCUCGCCAAACAGCGAGUGUCGCCCAGUCGCGAUGAUUGACGGCGAGAAACAACUCUUCUGCGCGGACGCCGCCGCUGCCGCUCAGCCCCGCUGCAGUUCUCGAUUACGAACAAGUACCGGCAAAUGAUUUCGCGGGUGCUGGUUGAUCAUUUACUUUAUACGUGUCCGUCAAGGAAAAAUUGUGUAGGCAAAAUCAAUCUAACGCUCUAUACCAUUAUGCCGUGCCCAUUCGUUAGCCGUUUAACCACAGCCUACGUUAAGAAGUAUGCAUCACCCCUCAUUAGCAUGUAUCAGCGGCAAUGUCCGUACCUAGCGCGAUCGGUCAGUAUCGCAACAGCUUGCAGCCAACAGGCCAGUGUGGAAAGCCUGAAGCAGUCGGAGCCGUUCACCUGUCCUGUGGAUGAGGUGAAUCGCUGCAACCGAUGCCCGUUUUUGGCAGCUAAUAAAACGGCGAUUAAGUCUGUUUCAUGCCCUGAUGCCGUUGAAUUCGCCGAGAAACCUGUGCUAGAUGUUGAUAUCGCUACCGAUAAGCUUGACUUCAACUAUGAAAGUCACUUCCAGUCGAUGAUCGCUAAGAAGAAAAUGGACCAUUCCUAUCGCGUUUUCAAAAAGGUCAACCGAUUGGCUAAGCAGUUUCCCAAGGCAACUGAGCACACAGAAAUGGCUGACAGCUCAAAACCAAUCACGGUAUGGUGUUCCAACGACUACCUGGGCAUGUCACGACACCCAAAAGUUAAGGCGGCUGUACAGGAGGCACUCGAAAAACAUGGAGCGGGGGCUGGUGGCACUCGAAACAUCUCCGGCAAUUCGUUGAUGCAUGAGAAUCUCGAAAAGGAUCUGGCUAAACUACAUCAAAAGCAGGCCGCUUUAUUAUUCACUUCGUGCUUUGUGGCGAACGAUACAACUUUAUUUACCCUAGGAAAACUCGUUCCGGGUAUGCACAUCUUUUCCGAUGCUGGAAAUCAUGCCUCCAUGAUUCAAGGCAUUAAAAACUGUGGAGCGCCAAAACAUAUAUUUCGCCAUAAUGACGUUGCCCACUUGGCCGAACUGCUCAGUCAAGUACCGAAGUGGGUACCGAAGAUUGUUGCGUUCGAGAGCGUGCAUUCGAUGACUGGUGAUAUUUCACCGAUGGAGGAGAUUUGCGACUUGGCUCAUAAACAUGGAGCCAUGACGUUUAUUGAUGAGGUACAUGCCGUUGGACUGUAUGGUGACCAUGGCGCGGGCGUAGGUGAACAGCGCGGAAUCCUCGCUAAGAUGGAUGUCAUUUCGGGAACCCUAGGAAAGGCUUUCGGUAACAUCGGUGGCUAUAUAGCGUCGACCUCAAAUUUCGUCGACUUCAUACGAUCGUACGGCGCAGGUUUCAUUUUCACAACAUCGCUACCACCAACAGUUCUUUGUGGUGCUCGGGCCUCGAUUGAAAUCCUGGGUGAGGAUGAGGGACGAUUACUGCGACGCCGCCAUCAACAAGUGGUCGGAUAUACCCGGGAACGACUUAGAGCUGUUGGCUUGCCUGUUUUCAACUCGAAGUCGCAUAUCAUUCCGGUACACGUAGGAGAUCCGGCAGCGUGCACACGAGUCAGCAACGAACUCAUGCGGUUUGGACAUUAUGUGCAGGCAAUUAAUUAUCCGACAGUUUCCCGCGGCGAGGAACGACUACGUCUAGCGCCGACACCUUUUCACGACAAAGCAAUGGUCGACCAAUUUGUUCUGGACCUGUGUGAGGCCUGGCAUAUUGCCGGGUUGGGUCUCAUGCCUCCACAGCAAUCUGUUCAGCAAUCUUAACAGUUUUGGAACUUAAUAAAAACUAAGUUAAUUUUACUUCACUGGACUAGUGUUCUU